AUGGCAGAUAUUUAUGAAUACGUGGUUGAGGGCGAUGAAGCAUUAUGGAGCGACACCCCUUUUAGCUCUAUCGACCCCGACCAUCAAAGCGGCUCGCAUCCAGUCGACUCUGAGGCCAGCUCCGAGUACAUAUCGUCGGAAACGAGUGAAGAUCGGGCUUUUAUUGUAUCUGAGUCAGACGAAUCAGAUCAAAUGUCAGAAAAGACCAGCAAUGCUUCUGGAACUGAUGCCUCAGCCUGUAGUCCUUUCACAGACGAGCUACAAAGCGAAACAUCCGAGGUAAACCUUGACUGA